AGAUAUAAAGACCUGAAGAUACUCUUUCACGUCCAGAGAUGGAAAACAGUACUACUACCAUUUCUCGGGAGGAGCUGGAAGAACUACAAGAAGCAUUUAAUAAAAUAGAUAUAGACAACAGUGGGUAUGUCAGUGACUAUGAACUUCAGGACCUGUUUAAAGAAGCAAGCCUCCCUCUGCCUGGCUACAAGGUGCGGGAGAUUGUGGAGAAAAUUAUAGUCGUUGCUGACAACAACAAAGACGGCAAAAUCAGCUUUGAAGAAUUUGUGUCACUAAUGCAAGAGUUAAAAAGCAAAGACAUCAGCAAAACAUUCCGAAAAAUAAUUAACAAGAGGGAAGGAAUAACAGCUAUUGGAGGAACUUCAUCAAUUUCCAGUGAAGGCACGCAGCAUUCUUACUCAGAGGAAGAAAAAGUGGCUUUUGUUAACUGGAUAAAUAAAGCUCUUGAGAACGACCCUGACUGUGCACAUCUCAUACCCAUGAAUCCCAAUGAUGACAGUCUCUUCAAAUGCCUUUCAGAUGGCAUCCUGCUCUGCAAAAUGAUCAACUUGUCUGAGCCAGAUACAAUUGAUGAAAGAGCAAUUAACAAGAGAAAGCUGACCCCUUUCACUGUUUCUGAAAAUUUAAACCUAGCUCUGAACUCGGCCUCUGCCAUUGGAUGCACGGUGGUCAACAUUGGCGCUCAGGACCUCAAAGAAGGAAAACCUCACUUGGUCUUGGGACUUCUGUGGCAAAUCAUCAAAGUUGGUCUUUUUGCUGAUAUUGAGAUUUCCAGAAAUGAAGCUCUGAUUGCGUUGUUAAGUGACGGUGAAGAGCUGGAGGAGCUGAUGAAACUUUCUCCCGAGGAGUUGUUGCUACGCUGGGUGAAUUAUCAUCUGACCAAUGCAGGAUGGCGGACUAUCAAUAACUUCAGCCAAGAUAUUAAGGAUUCUAGAGCCUAUUUUCACCUGCUGAAUCAGAUUGCCCCCAAAGGGGACCGAGAUGACGGACCUGCCAUUGCCAUUGACCUUUCAGGAUUUAAUGAGAAAAAUGACCUAAAACGAGCUGGAUUUAUGCUCCAGGAAGCAGAUAAAUUGGGUUGCAGACAAUUUGUUACUCCUGCAGAUGUGGUUUCAGGCAAUCCUAAACUUAAUUUAGCUUUUGUAGCUAAUCUGUUUAACACUUACCCAUGCCUACACAAACCUGAUAAUAAUGACAUCGAUAUGAAUUUAUUGGAAGGGGAGAGCAAAGAAGAAAGGACAUUUAGGAACUGGAUGAAUUCCUUGGGAGUCAACCCGUACAUUAAUCAUUUGUACAGUGACCUUGCUGAUGCCCUAGUGAUCUUUCAACUCUAUGAGAUGAUCCGAGUGCCAGUCAACUGGAAUCAUGUCAACAAGCCUCCCUAUCCUGCCCUUGGAGGGAACAUGAAGAAGAUUGAAAACUGCAACUAUGCAGUAGAACUUGGGAAGAAUAAGGCCAAAUUCUCUUUGGUCGGCAUCGCUGGGCAAGACCUAAAUGAAGGGAAUGCAACGCUGACGCUAGCACUGGUAUGGCAGCUAAUGAGAAGGUACACAUUGAAUGUGCUAUCAGAUCUUGGAGAAGGUGAAAAAGUAAAUGAUGAUAUUAUUAUCAAAUGGGUCAAUCAGACUCUUAAAAAUGCAAGCAAAAAGACUUCUAUUUCCAGCUUCAAGGACAAGUCUAUUAGCACCAGUUUACCUGUCCUAGAUUUAAUAGAUGCCAUUGCACCAAAUGCAGUUCGUCAGGAAAUGGUCAAAAGAGAAGCAUUAUCUGAUGAGGACAAGCUGAAUAAUGCUAAAUACGCCAUUUCGGUUGCUCGAAAGAUUGGUGCCCGGAUAUAUGCAUUACCUGAUGACCUGGUAGAAGUGAAACCAAAGAUGGUUAUGACAGUGUUCGCCUGUCUAAUGGGAAAAGGACUGAACAAAAUAAAAUAAUGAAUCAUUUAACACUCUGCCACACUGAUCAGGUUGAAUGCCUCACA